AUGAGGAAACCGAGGAUUUGUACCUUGUGGACUUCACUCAGAAGAUCAUCGACAAACAGCAUGAGGUCUGGGAGCUGUCUCAGGGUGAAGCUGCUGGAAGGACUUCAGAGAAAGAGGCAGAUGAUGAGGAAACUCAGCCUGAGGCAGAAAUCCCACCACCCCAGGACCCGGGUGAAGAAUGGGUUGAUUACGUGGACUUCUUGGGCCGAUCCAGACGCUGCAUGAAGAAGGAUUUGCCAAGUCUUCUUAAAAUGGACCGGGAACUUCAAGGGAAAAGAGAAGGCCCCGACGGGAGUAGUCUGUUGUCUGAAGACAUGAGAAGAGAACUUCAGAGGCAGCAGUGGGAAAAAGAAGAGGCAGCAGCCCUCAGCAGACCCAUGGGACCCAUACAUUACGAGGACAUCCGAGAAAACGAGGCCAGACAACUUGGCGUGGGCUACUUUGCCUUCUCUCGGGACAAAGACCUCAGGCAUAAGCAGCGGGCUACGCUGGAUAUGCUCCGGGAGCAGACGCUCGAUCAGAGAACUAAGCGCGAGCACGUGAAGGAGAAACGGAAGGCGGCUCUUGACGCCAGGCUGGCUAAGCUGCGGGCACGGAAGGUGAAGAAGUUACGGGAAGCUGGAUUAGAGGAAGAGGCAGAGCGACUGGAGAACGCAGCGCUGAAAGGUGACGCUGAUGAGCCCGAGGCUCCCCGAGUGCCUGCAGCAAGCAGAAAGGUAGAGGUGCUCAUCCAGGAGAGGAGAGACACGAAGCCUGGCGUGCCCUACGUCCGGGAGUGGGACAAAGGCAAAGAACUGAUGUUUGGACAGUGGUCAAGGAAACAGGAAGAACUCCGAGACGAGCGAGAUCCAGAAUUUGCUCCACCUUCUGAUUACUUCCUGGGGCAAAAGGAAAAUGACAGUUACAGAAGUCAGAACUCCAGCAGUCCUGAGACCUCUGAAAAACAGGGCACGGAGACGGCGGGAGAGCAAGAGGUGCCGCCAGUGCAGCCCAACAGCAGCAGCACCGAGGGCGGGCCAGCACCAGUGCAGGCUUACCACAGCCAUCUGCGAGACCCGGCAGCAGCCACCGCGGCCGGUGGCAGUGACAGACAAGAUGGGCCGUCCUCGGCAGAGGAUGACAGCAGCGAUGAUGAGGAU